AUGGCAGCGGCAGAGGACGGGACGAGCCCCAGGGGCCCCGCGCAGCCCGGCCCCUUUUCCAUUGAGCACAUCCUUUCACGCCCACCACAGCGCAGCCCACAGGGCCACGCCGAGGACCCGCCGCCGCCGCCAGCGGGCCGCCGGCACCCCGGGGACUCGGCGGGGCCUGGGUUGCCCCAGGCUGAGCCGUGCGCCUGCUGCUGCUGCUGCCCUAGCACGGUGCCCUGCGCAACCCCGGAGCCCACCGCCGGCCUGGGCGCGCGGCUACUGUGGUCUCUAAGGUUGGGACCCGCCCUGCCCUUGACCUUGGCCGCACCCGCGCAAUCUGGAAGCCCCUAUCCGCCGCGGCGCACGCGGCGCCACCGCACCAUUUUCAGCGAGGAGCAGCUGCAAGCGCUGGAGGCGCUCUUCGUGCAGAACCAGUACCCCGACGUGGGCACGCGUGAGCGCCUGGCCCGCAGCAUCCGCUUGCGCGAGGAGCGCGUGGAGGUCUGGUUCAAGAACCGCAGGGCCAAGUGGCGACACCAGAAGCGCGCCUCAGCAUCCUCAAAGCUCCUGCCUAGAACCAAAAAGCCCCCCACGGAGAGCUGUUGA